AUGGAUACCGCAGGGCUGCUUGCUCGCGGCUCUUUGGUCACUGGGAUCGAAGUUUGGGCCGGCGCAUCGUGUCUCAACGGCAUUAAGGUCACCCUGUCAGAUGGCAAUGUUUUUGUCAAAGGAAGAAAGAAUGGACCGUCCAAAAGCUUGACCAUCCCGAGGAAUGUCACGGUCAGCGAGCUCUCGCUCUGGGGAAACGGUGCGGGUACCCGCUGUGGAGUGGGUAGAAGUGGUUGGGAAAUCGACUGCCUAGGCUUUGCGUUUCUGAAACCAAUAGAGUCCUGCAAGACGAAGAACGUGAGAAUAGACGUGAGUGAAUCGGAUGCAGGGUUCCCCAUCGUGAUCGAACAAUCCUACAUCAACCACACCUCGGUCCCGCAACAGGCGACCAUUCGAGUGGCUGAAUCGGUCAGCAUCACAACGAGUUGCACCGAAGAGACGGGUUUGGAGGUAUCUACCAACGCGAACAUAUCGGUCGGCCCCCCGGAGUGCAACAUAGGCGGGGGCAUAGGGUUCAAGCUCACCAAAACGCUCUCCGGCUCUAGGUCGGAGAAGAUCACUAGGACGAUCGAGGACACUCUCCAUGUCAGGAUUCCGGCGUACCGCACCGUUCAAGCCCGUCUUCAAGUAAUGAAGGGCACAUUCGACGCUCCAUACACAGCCACGGUGUACACCACAUUUCGGGAUGGAACAAGCAUGGUUUUCGACACGAAAGGCAGAUACAAGGGCACGUCCGUCGCGCAGGGUACGUCGUCUUACAAAUUUGUUUAG